AACGGCGGCGCACUCGCUCUACGUCAUCACCAGGCGUCCUAGCGGGAACUCGACGGUUUGGAAACCGGAGUUUGGAUUCAGACGAACUGAAGGAUCCUUUUCACCGAGCAGCUGGUUAAACUGGGUGCUGAUUCUACUGCAGACUGCCGUCAUGUCCAACAGGAAGCGGCUGUCCAACACCCAGAGCUCCUCUCAGGCCAGAAAGCAUCCUGGCAGCCCGUCGACUCAGGAGGAGGAUGAGGACGUCACCUUCACUCAGCCCAGCACCUCUCAGGUCCAGAGAGGUCUGCAGAAAGUCACCGAGGCUCAGGUCGAACAGAAGACGGCUGAGGUGGUUCAGUACUUCCUGGUCAAAGAGCAAAGGAAGGUUCCGGUUCGUCGAGCAGAUCUUGUGAAACACGUGUUGAAGGAGCACAGAAACAUUUACCCUGAGAUCCUAAAGAGAGCAGCUCGGACCUUAGACCAGGUGUUUGGUUUAAAACUGGUAGAAAUCGACCCCAAAAACCACCUGUACGUCCUCAUCAACAACCUGGAGACGAGUGAAGGAGCUUCACCCAUCAACAGCUCCACUGAUCCUAAGCGAGGUCUGCUGUUCGUCAUCCUCAGCGUGAUCUUCAUGAAGGGAGGCGUCGUCAGAGAAAACGUCAUCUGGAACCUGCUGAAGAAACUCCGUGUGGAUCCAGGAGAGAAACACGAAGACUUUGGAGACGUGAAGAAGGUCGUCACAGAUGAGUUCGUACGUCAGAGGUACCUGGAGUUUGUGCGAAUCCCUCACACCGAGCCGGUCGAACACGAGCUCCGCUGGGGCCAACGUGCUGAGAAGGAAGUGUCCAAAUCCAAAAUCCUGGACGUCAUGGGUCAACUCCACGACCGGGACCCUCAGAGCUGGAGUCAGCAGUACCGAGAAGCUCAUUCCAGCCAGAACUCCACUCAGCAGCCUGGAAGCAGCAGCCAGAGAUGACUGCAGACUCUGUACCCGCCUUCGGUUAUUUAUUCUGGCUUAAAGAGACGCUGCAGCAGCAACGGACGUGUUAGCUAGGAGUCAUUUUAUACAAAUUCUCCAACCAGACCACCUCAUGAUCACCUGGUUCUUCAUCUCCAGUAACUUUAUUAAUGAUCAGAGUUCUACCUUCAUACUGGGAAUAUUUCCAGAGUUCCAGGUCCUUGAAGUCCAUAAAGGAGAACGUCCCCUCUAGAAAGUUCUAGAGUAGACCUCUAGUAGGUAGGUAGGUAGGUAGGUCUACUCUGGAACUUUCUCCAGGGGACGUUCUCCUUUCCUACUUCCAGUCUUUAAGUUUAGUCUCACUUUGAACAUUCAGAACUGGAGACUUCCAGGUCCUUGAAGUAGGGAACUUGCUCAAAAUGAUAAAAAAAAACUUGUCAAAAACAACUUAUGAAAAGGCCCAUAAAGACUCAGUUUGUCAUUAUGACUCUAAACUAAAAUGACUAGAAAAACAAUGAAGAAACAUCCAAACUGCAUCUAAGCCUUUCCGAAGCCACACAUUUUCCUUAAAAUGACUCAAACAUAGUCCAAAAUUACAAAAAAAAGUUGUGCAAAAUAUCUAAAACCUGUAAAAAAUGACAAAGAAAAUGCUCAAAUUACCUCAAACUGAUCCAAACUGUCUGAAUUUGUUUCCAGAACAACUCAAAAUGUGACCAGAAUGACAAAAACAUUGACACUAAACACCUAGAAACUUUUCCACAACAAUUCAGAACUUGAAAACUUCUCAUAAAAUGGUCCAUAAAGACUCAAAACUGUUCUAAAUCAUCUGAAAUCUGUCUGAAAUUACUACAAACUACUUUGAGAGACUUUGGUCAAAAUUACUCUCAAAUUAGCCAACGUGCCCAAAAUGACACAGGUUAAGUUCAAAAGACAGAAUAUUCCAUAAAAAAACAACCAGAACCUCCUGCACAUUGUUGUAUUUGUGUUUCUUAAAAAACAAGAUAGCAGAUAUUAAUCAGUGAUCUUUCCAGAUGUCGGUAGGUCUACUCUAGAACUUUCUACAGUUGUCGGUAGGUCUGCUCUAGAACUUUCUCCAGUUGUCGGUAGGUCUGCUCUGGAACUUUCUCCAGUUGUCGGUAGGUCUACUCUGGAACUUUCUCCAGUUGUCGGUAGGUCUACUCUGGAACUUUCUCCAGUUGUCGGUAGGUCUACUCUGGAACUUUCUCCAGUUGUCGGUAGGUCUACUCUGGAACUUUCUCCAGUUGUCGGUAGGUCUACUCUGGAACUUUCUCCAGUUGUCGGUAGGUCUACUCUAGAACUUUCUCCAGAUGUCGGUAGGUCUACUCUAGAACUUUCUACAGUUGUCAGUAGGUCUACUCUAGAACUUUCUACAGUUGUCAGUAGGUCUACUCUAGAACUUUCUCCAGGGGACGUUUUCCUUUCCUGCUUCAAGUCUUUAAGUUUAGUCUCACUUAGAACAUUCCAGGUCCUUGAAGUCCGUAGAGGUGGAUCCAAAAGACUAGAAAAUUGUACAAAACAGCUGAAAUUCAUGGAAGAUGCUUCAGAACUUUCCCUAAAUGACUCAAAAGUUGACCAAAAUGACACAAACCUUUCCAAAACAAUUCGAAACCUGUCUACUCUGGAGAUGUUCAUGGUGUGACGGUAGAACUUACUGGAGAUGAAGAACCAGAUGGUUCUGAGGAGGCACAGAUUGAUUUUUUAAAUAAAAUGACCAGUACAAGUCUGUUGAAGCUGCAGCGUUUCCGGUUAUUUUAUGUUCUGUUUACUUAUUUGUACAUCAAUUUGUUCUUUUUUUAAAAUAAAUACCCAACAAACAA